AUGCAGAUGGAUUUGGGACGCUACACACGAUUUGUCGUGCUCUUCGCUCUUGCCUCGUGCAUCAACGCAAACAUCUUUGAGCUCGACGAGGUUUGGCAGAAACGUGCUGACGAAGCAUGGAACCGAACACUCGCGUCUUACGAGCCUAAUCCCGAGAAGAUCGUCAGCCACCUCAAUCUCCACGUCCACAGAGCCAUGAAGGAAGUGAAGGCCGAGAAAACGGGUACAAACAGCACGCGCCGCCACCUAGCGCACGGGUACAACGGCCCGUGCCUGGCGACGAACCCAAUCGACCGGUGCUGGCGAUGCCAACCCAAUUGGGCUGAGAAUCGGUUUCGGCUGGCAGAUUGCGGGCUCGGUUUCGGGUACAAGGCCAAGGGCGGCAAAGGCGGGAAAAUAUACGUAGUGACAGACUCAUCGGAUAGAGACAUGGUGAACCCGAAAAAUGGGACCCUUCGGCACGCGGUCAUCCAGAAGGAGCCGUUAUGGAUCGUUUUCGCUAAAGACAUGGUCAUCCGAUUGAGCCAAGAGUUGAUAAUGACAAGCGACAAGACGAUCGAUGCACGUGGGGCCAACGUCCACAUUGCAUACGGAGCCGGGAUCACGAUUCAAUAUGUGAAAAACGUCAUAAUCCACGGGCUCCGAAUCCACGACAUAGUCCCGGGCUCGGGAGGCCUCAUCCGAGAUGCGGUCGACCACUUUGGACUCCGCACGAAGAGCGACGGUGAUGGUAUCUCGAUUUUCGGGGCGCAAGACGUGUGGAUCGACCACGUCUCAAUGACCAAUUGUAGCGACGGGCUCAUCGACGCCAUCAUGGGCUCGACCGGCAUCACCAUCUCAAACGGACACUUCACCGACCACAACGAGGCCAUGUUGUUUGGGGCGAGCGACUCACACUCGAAUGACGCGCUCAUGCAAAUAACGGUGGCGUUUAACCACUUCGGAAAAAGGAUGGUUCAAAGAAUGCCGAGGUGUAGGUGGGGAUACAUACACGUCGUCAACAACGAUUACACGCACUGGAAUAUGUACGCCAUUGGUGGGAGCGCGCACCCGACGAUCAUUAGCCAAGGAAAUCGCUACAUUGCUCCACCGGACAAUCCAUUCGCCAAGGAGGUGACAAAGAGAGAGUACUCACCAGAGUCCGUGUGGAAGGCGUGGACAUGGAGAUCGGAAGGGGACAUGUUCUUGAGAGGGGCGUUUUUCGUGCAAUCGGGAGACCCGAAAUUCACGAGCAAGCACCCGGAAAAGUACGACAAAAUUGUGGCUGCAUCUGCGCAGAAUGUUGGGGAGAUGACCAAGUUUGCAGGUGUAUUGGGCUGCAAAGUUGGGAGACCUUGUUAG